CUCUCUCUCUCUCUCUCUUUAUGGUCAACAGGGGGCUUCAAACAAAAUCACGGUAGAAGUAGAACUGGUUUGCUGGGAUCACUUGAGUCCCAAGAUUUCAAUUUCCCUUCUGUGUCUAUACGAAAAACAAAAUUUCUUUCAUAUCUUUUAGGAGAAAGGUUCAGAAAAAACCCCAACUUUUGCGAUUGGGUCUUCCCUGCAACUUAGAAUUAAACCCUAAUUUCAAAAUCAAUCGCAAAAAUCAAUGGCAAGAAUGGAGGGGAAAGAAGAUGUAUCAUCAGCAACAGCCGUCUUGCUUGGAGCUUUAGCCCCUGGUGUUAACGGUCCCACUUGGAAUACAUUAAAAGCAGCAUUCUUGAUGUUGGGUGUUUGUCUUUGUGCUAUGUUGGGCUUAGCUUUCUCCUCAAGUGACUCCACAUUGGUGCUUCAUGUCACUCUUCUUGUUUUAAUCACUGGCACACUGUUCUUCCUUCUCAGCGGGUUUCUUGCGCAGACUGGGUUGGUUUCAGUUGAAGAUCAAAUGCAGGAGAUAGGAUUAGGAACGCCCAAUCAAGCUGACAGAGGAACAACUGAUAAAAGCAAAUAAAGAAGAAAACUCGAAGGAAGCUCCAUGUUAUGAGUUUGAGAAAACCACUGUUUAUACAAAAUUUUGUUCUUUUGAUUUUGUGGAUCUUUCUUGUUAUUCCUCAAUGAUCAUAAUCAGCUUUGUAUAAUUCACAAAUCUAAAGCCACUUACAAUUAGGGCUCAACCCUAAAAUGGCAUACCUUCCUCCUUCAUGCAUAACAGUAGUGAUUCAUUGAAUGAAUGCACCUUUUUAGUCUUGUUAUUGUG